AUGAAAGCUGUUGUCUUCAAAGGUCCCCACAAGAUUUCCUUGGAAGACAGACCGAUCCCGAAAAUCAUCGAGGAGACAGAUGCUCUCGUAAAGAUCUCUUACACCGCUCUUUGUGGAAGCGAACUUCAUGUAUUCCGUGGGCAUCAGCCCAGCGAUACUGGAUUUAUCAUGGGCCAUGAGUUCACCGGGACUGUUGUUCAGGUUGGAAAACGGGUUGCUAGGUUCCAAGUUGGAGACAAAGUUGUUUCCCCAUUUACAACUUCUUGCUUGGAAUGUUUCUAUUGCAAGAGCGGCUAUACGUCCCGAUGCACACAGUCGAUGUUAUACGGUUCUGUGGUGCUGGAUGGAGGCCAGGCAGAAUAUGUCCGAGUUCCGUUGGCAGACGGGACACUCUUCAAGGCUCCACCAGAGAUCCCGGAUGAGACAGUGGUAUGUUGGAUACAGGUUUAUAUUCGCCCUGAAUUCUUAGCUAACAACCAACAGAUAUUGAUGGCAGAUAUACGUGAGAAUGCAACUGUUGUUCUGAUAGGAUGUGGUCCAGUAGGACUCUGCGCCCUCAUCGCCGCCACCUCCUUCAACCCUGCACGCAUCUUCGCAAUAGAUUCUGUUCCCUCCCGUCUCGAACUCGCCAAGUCUCUUGGGGCAGAACCCUUGAACUUUAUUGAGAACAAAGAGGCCGCUAAGGAGCGUAUCAUGGAAGCCACAGAUGGGAGAGGUGCAGACGUUGUCAUGGAGGUGGUAGGAAACAGCCCUGCCCUACGAAUGGGUUUCGACGUAGUUAGACCCUGGGGAGCGAUUAUCAGUGUCGGAGUGCAUAACGCUGAAAUCCCAUUCACCGGGAAAGAGGCAUACGAUAAAAACGUAAGGGUCCAGUUCGGAAGGUGCCCUGUUCGUGCGGUCUUUCCCGAAGCACUAGAGUUGUUAAAGAAGAAGUCCCACCUCUUAGGGUUCAUGGCGGACAAGAUCAUGCCAAUGACUCAAGCGGAGGAAGGGUAUGAUCUUUUUGACAAAAUGAAGGUCCAGAAAGUCAUUUUCCGUGCGGAUCAGUAG